CCGCGAUGUCACGUGACGUGAGUUGCGCGCAAAAGCGGGAAUUCGUGUUCGUGGCGCAUGUCAACCGCCAUGUUCGUUGCACUGUCGUUUAUACGAAAUUGUAAGGCGCGCGCGCGGUAAAUCGUGUUUUUGUCGUGCGUGGAAUUCCGUUUAAUUAGAAAGAUGUCAUUUGGCACAGGAUUCGGAGUGACAACUUCGACGCCUGCACCUGCCUUUGGUUUUGGUUCUACGGCGUCUACGGCUGCAACACCAGUGAAACCAGGAUUUGGAACACCAUCUUUUGGAUUUAGUACACCUGUAACUUCGACUCCGAGUCUGUUUGGUUCUUCUUCGACCCCUGCGACCGGGGCAUUUGGCACCGGUACUGGAUUCGGAACUCCGGCUGCUACCGGUUUCGGUAGCACUGCUACAACUGGUUUCGGCGCGACGCCUGCAUUUGGUACGACUCCUACUAGCGGAUUUGGAACCACUCCAGCCUUUGGUACCACGCCAGCUUCGACGGCAACUGGAUUUGGUGCGACUUCAAGUUUUGGUAGCACGCCUGCUUCGACGACGGGUUUUGGUGGAUUUGGGACUACCACGACAUCUUCGUUAGGGUUUGGUGGGUUCAGCGGUUUUGGAACAGCGACGACUACGUCUGCACCCUCAUUUUUUGGAGGAUUUGGUACUACGAGUACACCAUCCGCUGGUUUUGGUACAUCCACUGCCUUUAGCGGGUUCGGAACAAAACCGACAACUACAACUACAACCACUGGUUUUGCUGGUUUUGGAACAGGUACAGGAUUCGGUGGCUUUGGAAUCGGGUUAGGGCAACCUCAACAGCAGCCGCAGUUUCAACAACAGCAACAACAGCAACCAACUGCUAACACUAUAUCGGAAGCACUAUAUAAUGCCGUUUUUAAUUGUCAGUUGUAUAACGACGAACGCGACAAUAUCAUCGCCAGAUGGAAUCUUUUGCAAUCUCUGUGGGGUACUGGAAAAGCUUACUAUUCUAUGAACGCACCAGCGAUCGAUCUUACUCAAGAAAACCCGCUAUGUAGAUUUAAGGCUAUAGGGUAUAGUCGUAUGCCCGAAGCUGACAACAACGAAGGGCUCGUUGUACUCUGUUUUAAUAAAAAGAAAAAAGAUGUGAAAGAGGGCGAGGUACAGUUGAUCGGUUUUAUAAAUAAUAUUUUGGGGAAUAAGCCCAACUUAUCAUUAACGGUGGACAAUAUGAAAGCAGUCGGAGAGGAGAAGAGUCAGGUGACCAUCUUUGUUACCGAAAAGGGAAUUACGGGAGCCCCAAGAAAAAUUCCCGCUAACGAAUUGGUCGCGUAUUUAUCGCAACCGAUGCAGAAACAGCAAUUGGUGCAAAAUGGCGUGGAAGACAUAUUACCUUUAGUUAAACUAGAUCCUACCCAGCUCAAAGAAUAUUUAGACAAUCCACCGUGCUCCAUCGAUCCUAGAUUAUGGAAACAGGCUCAGUUGGAUAAUCCUAAUCCGGAACUUUAUAUACCAGUACCGAUGAUUGGGUUCCAGCAAGUGAAACACAGAUUAAAGUGCCAAGAGGAAGAAACGACCAGGCAUAGAAAUUUUCUGGACUUGGCGGCGGAAGAGAUACAGAAAUUGCAGAGACAACACACGGCGAUACAAGCUAGGCUUAAAGAGCAUAGAAGAACUUUGCUGGAACUCCAACACCGGGUAUUGCAGGUAUUGGUACGUCAGGAAAUCACGCGGAAAGUUGGAUUGUCUCUGCAACCGGAGGAAGAAGUUUUGACGCGCAGGUUCGAAGCUAUGCAUUCGCAAAUCAGCGCGCCGACUCAAUUCAAGGGUAGAAUUAGCGAAAUGCUUUCUCAGUUGAGAAUGAGGAGUCAUGUAGACCCUCAAAAUCAGGAGAGAUACGCGAUGGACCCUAUAGCGCAGGACGAUAUAAAAUCGUACCUUACGAUGGAGCAACACGGCAUGGGACAGCUUAUAGCAACGAUAAAUUCCGAUUUAGAAAGUUUAAAAAUCAUUAAAGACGGCAUGUCAAACCUUUUGAUGAGUCAGAAUCAUAUAUCGUGAGAAUUACAGUUAGUUCCGUAAGUUAUCCCCGUUUUCGUUUUUGUAUAAAAGGAAUUCUUGCACCUUUGAUAUUCGGUGCCAUAUUUAUUUUUUAUUCGUUUCGCAUUUGUCGAGAUUUUUGUUGUUGAUCGUACGCGUAUACGCGAUUUAUUUGCGCCGAAAACAAUGUUGUCAAUUAAAAUAAUUUUCCACUCGUUACACGGCUGUUAAUGACAGGGAUUGCCUUUUUAAGCGGAACACUCGAGAAACAAAUGGAAACGUUGAGACGCGUUUAUAUUUAGGAUACCGACGGAAAAUAAUAGGUAUUGUUACAUACAGAGAAGAAUAAAGAAUUUUUACAUAAAUAA